AUGGCUAGACAAAGAAGAUCUGCUCCAGCACCCAGAACUCAGACGAGAUCUGCCCACACCGCUGCGGCCCCAGCCCCAGUCGCCGCUGCCCCACACCCACCUGCCCCUGUUGCCCAACCACAAGUUGCGUCUCAAGGCCCAGGCUUGUUCGGCCAGAUGGCCUCUACUGCCGCCGGUGUUGCCGUUGGUUCGACCAUCGGUCACACCUUGGGUGCCGGUAUCACCUCCAUGUUCGGCGGCUCGUCCACUCCAGCUGAGCAGCCACAACAGCAGGUCGCCGCCACCCAACAACAAUCUACCCAGGAACAGGCCAGAACCUGCGACUCCGAUGCCAGAUCCUUCACCAGAUGUUUGGAGGAGAACAGCGGUAACAUGCAAAUCUGCGACUACUACUUGCAGCAAUUGAAGGCCUGUCAGGAGGCUGCCCGCUCGUACUAG